AUGGGCAAGAAAUGGCGGUACGGCAUCGUCCUGGACGCUGGCUCCUCGGGAACGCGGCUGCACAUCUACAAGUGGAAAGAUCCCGCAAAGGCCAGGAAGCACGCCUCGAAAGAAGAACUAAGUAGCCUGCCAAAACUGCACACGGAGAAGAAAUGGACCAAAAAGAUACACCCAGGCGUAUCGACUUACGGCGAAAACCCAACCGCCGUUGGCCCUGAACACCUCAAGGGCCUUGUCGACCACGCUCUCGAUGUUAUCCCGAAAGACCAGGUCGACGACACGCCCAUCUUCCUGAUGGCCACGGCCGGUAUGCGACUACUUCCCAAGGUUCAACAGUCGGCCCUCACCCGCGAAAUAUGCUCCUAUCUCCGUGCCAACACCGAGUUCUCCCUUCCCGAUUGCGACCUGCACAUCCAGGUCAUCCCGGGUGAAACAGAAGGAUUAUACGGUUGGAUAGCGACGAACUACUUGUUGGGCGGCUUCGACCGUCCAGAAGACCACAACCACGGCAAGGGCCACAACACAUACGGCUUCCUCGACAUGGGUGGUGCCUCGGCACAGAUCGCUUUCGCACCAAAUGCAACUGAGGCCGCGAAGCAUGCCAACGAUUUGAAGCUUUUGCGGAUGCGGACAUUGGACGGAGAACGGUCAGAAUACAAGGUCUUUACGGCGACAUGGCUCGGAUUUGGCGUCAAUCAGGCCCGCGAGAACUAUGUCAAGAAGCUUGUGGACAUGUACGAUGCCGAUGUUAAGGAAGUUCCCGAUCCAUGCCUGCCAAAGGGGCUUCGAACUACGACAUCCGGAGAACCUGUCGAUGCUCCCUCUCCAUCGGAUCUGGCUUUGUUGGGAACCGGGGACUUUACCAGUUGUCUGAAGCACACGUUCCCUCUGCUGGGAAAAGACACUCCGUGUGUGGAUGAACCAUGUCUGUUGAACGGCCAACAUGUGCCCGCCAUUGACUUUGAUGUUAAUCACUUCGUCGGUGUGUCGGAGUAUUGGCAUACGACACACGGUGUCUUUGGCAAAGGCGACACUGCGUACGAUUUGAAGACAUACCAGAGCAGGGUGGAGGACUUUUGCACCACGGAUUGGGAUACCAUUGUGAAUACGAAAGUCGAUGCCCGGAAGAAGAAGGAUCAUUCCAAAAAUGCCCAAGAGGCAUGCUUCAAGGCAUCCUGGUUGAUCAACGUCCUGCAUGAUGGCAUUGGCGUUCCUCGCCUAGGUCUCGACCACACGCCCACCGUCAACGCGUCGCAGAGCGCCUUGGAACAAGCCAAGGAGAAAGGGUUCCUGGACCCCUUCCAGCCGGUGGACAAGAUCGACGGCAUCGAGGUCAGCUGGACUUUGGGACCCAUGGUCCUGUAUGCUGCUGGGCAGAUCCCUCCUAGGAGUACGGAGUUUCUGCCUGUCGGCUUCGGCAGUAACACCAACAGCGUGCCAGAUGAUUUCAAUUACGCCGGUUCAAGCUUCAAGACGGGCAAUGACGACGACGACGAUUGGGACGACGCGAUCGAGGACCUGGUCGACCAUGCCAAACCGAGCAAAUCAUCAAGCUUCCUUCUUUUCAUUCUGAUCUUGCUAUUGAUUGGCUACUUUUUCCGGAAGAGGGAUCGCAGGAUGCGCUUCCUCAACAGAUUUGGCGGAUUUACUGGGCGAUGGAAGAAGCCUGGCAGCCCCAAGAAGAACGGGCGGGGUCUGUCAGUCCUGACAAACAAGCUCUUCGGCAGGAACUCUGCCCAUUACGAACGUGUCAUCGAGGAGGGCGAAGCGAGUCAGUUCGAGCUGGGCGACUUCGACUCGGACGAGAACGAGCACUCCGAUAGCAGCGAGGGCUCGAAGCUAGGCAGGACCUCAGGGCUGGCCACUCCCAAGCUGACCAUGGAUCGGUUCGACUCCGGCUCUGCUCUUGACCGAGCCGGAUUGGUCGUGCGAACGGAAAGCAGAGAGAGGCUUGUGCCGCCUAGCAUGUUCAACAACGCAGGGCGACGAAGCAGGGCCGGCAGUCCUACUAGGCUCAAGAGCCCCUUGAUGGCACCAUUGCAAGAAGAUUAA